AGGCUGGAGAAAAAAUGGGUGUGUUUUUGUUCUGAUUUUGUCCUAGGAAAUGAUGAAAUACAUAUGCAUGUGUCAGUAAAUGUGUGAAGAAUACGAGUGUGAGGAUGCGAACUCUGCGUGUGUGUCUGUACAUUAGAUUUGUUGACCGGAAGAAAAUAAUGAUUGUUAUGUCCCAUCUGCCUGCCGGAUGUUGUCGGUCUGCUGUGCUGAUUUUUUUUCUAAUAAAUGAAAUGGCUUGGAGUGGAUUUGAUGAUUGUGUAGAAAAUGAAAUUGAAUUCUUUAGCAAUGUUUUUUUUAGAAAUGGCACAGAACAGAAUCGGUGUAAAAAAAAUAUACGUUUUAUUAAAAAACUGAGUAAAUUAUAAAUAAAUAGCGUAUAUGUUUUGGACAAAGCCACGUGCGGUUUAAUACCCCACCUCACGCUCUGCUCGGUCAUUCAACCACAUAUGCCACAAAAAUAUCUGUUUGCGCAUGACCGCACAUAAAAGUGGUUACUUGAGCGCAUUCACGCCUAUCAGAUCCUCAAGAUAAGUACUGCCGUCCGUUCACCCAAAUACUGGUCACCCUGAAUCAAUAGGAGCAGCUGUAGAAAAACCAGGAGCUGAAUUUCAUCAUGACUCUCAUCCUGAUGUGCCACACCUACUCGAACUGAAGGGAUUUCUUUGGCAGCAAGCUGGCAGAGAUAAAGCUCACACAGGUGGACCAACAGCAGCCUCCCAGAGAUUUUAGAUUUGGAGAUUACGAGACAACAGCAGGUCAGGACACGUUGCCUUGUUGAAAUCCGAGUUCCACACCUCACCAAUUCGGUUAAGAGCUGUGUUUGGGGAAAUUGGCAAGUACUGCGUUCAGCACGCAUUUGCACGCACUUGGCUGCUGACACGCUCCCUCUCAACACGGUUAUGCAGAUGCGCCGUUGGAAGCAAAUCGAAUGGAGUGACAUUUUUGUCUUUGGUUUUAUUUUAAUGCAGGUCAGAUUGCCCUGAUCCUUUUGUGCUUAAAUCCUUUUUUUAAACGAUCUAUUUUGGUGAAUUUUCCUCCAAGUUUUUUAUUUAGUUGUUUUUUUAGCUGUUCUAUAGUUAAUGAAUUAUAUGUUCAUAAUACGCUGCCAUUUUACAGCAGUUUUGUGACACCUGUCCAAGAACAGACAUACGAAUGUGCUCCUCAAUCUUUCUCUUGUGAUGACCUUCCAUUGCAGAUGCUGUAGGGGACAAAGGGGCAUGAGCAGUGGUCCGGAUUCCAACAGGAUAUGCAACUACAUAACACAACAUUAAAGAAAAUAUGUUGGAGAAUGUAAAUGAAAGUCCAAAAUGCCUAUAAGUGCAGUGCACUUAAGGUUUUUGAGCAAACACCACCCUUUUCCUCCACUGACUGCAGAGUUACAUCUCGACUAGACGAAGCACAGACGCAGCCAAACAGCAUUGCAGAGUCGCACUCAGACAAACCUCGACUCCUACUGGGCCGUUAUGGAACAGACACGGAUGACAGCAGUGCUGGUCUGGCACUGAGAUGUCAAAACCACAGAGGGGGCUAUUUCUCCAGCUGUCAUCACAGGGUGAAUAGAGCACAUCACAGGGACGCCCUACGAGCACGCAGAUUUUUAGAGACAACAGACUGGUGUGUGUUUAAACUGUGACUGUGCAGACAGUUUCAAGGGCGGGAAGGAGAGAACUGGAGGAGAUUCUGUAGCAUAGUAAGAGGAGAGCCACAGCAAGUGACAGACGGAGUGAUCAACACUGGGCUUUCAGACGUGCAAUUUUGAGAGUCGUUUGUUAUUUUUUUGUCUUGAAAACCCUGUGUUGCUCAGUACACUGAAUAGUUUCCAGUGCAGGCUGGACACGGUGGCAGGGGCAGGUUCAUGGCAGUGGGGCAGGCGCAUGCCGUCUGUGCCUCCACAGCGAGAGGGACGCUUGGGCUUCGGCUGGGGUUGGGCAGCAUGGGCACGGACUCAGAAGGCGGGGGAGUUGAGACCCUGGGUACCCGUCGGGGCUGGGGCUACAGCCACGGGCUCGGGGGGCAUGCGAUGCUCCCUGCGUGUCUGUGUGGUGUUGGGCUCCCUGGCCCUUCUCUUCCUCACCUCGCUUUUCUUCUCCUUCUCACUGAGAGGAGCCGGAGCGCCUUACCUGGAACCUCCGGGAUGGGAAGAGUCACGCAGGGUUAAGCUAGUGCCCAGCUAUGCCGGUUCCCACCGGGCGGCCCCUGCGGAGAGCACCCAACAGAAGACAUGUGCCUGUGCUCGGUGCGUGGGCGACCCGGGCGUCUCCGACUGGUUCGAUGAGAACUAUGACCCGGACAUCUCACCCAUGUGGACACGGGGCAAUAUUCAGCUGCCUUCAGAUGUGUACUACUGGUGGGUGAUGCUGCAGCCUCAGUUCAAACCCCAUAAUAUUAAGCAAGUUCUGCAGAGGCUGUUCCAGGUUAUUCCAGGACGUUCCCCGUAUGGUUCGUGGGACCCUGCGCGCUGUCUUCGCUGUGCUGUGGUGGGAAACUCGGGCAACCUACGUGGGGCAAGUUAUGGUUCAUUAAUUGAUGACCAUAAUUUCAUCAUGAGGAUUAACCUGGCUCCCACGGUCGGCUAUGAAGAGGAUGCAGGCAGUCGAACGACACACCACUUCAUGUACCCAGAGAGUGCCAAAAACCUGGCGGCCAACGUCAGCUUUGUGAUGGUGCCCUUCAAAACUCUUGACUUAUUGUGGAUCACCAGCGCCCUCUCCACCGGACAGAUCCGCUUUACGUAUGCUCCAGUAAAGCAGUUUCUGCGUGUUGACAAAGAUAAGGUUCAGAUCUUCAACCCAGCUUUCUUUAAAUACAUCCAUGACCACUGGACACGACACCAUGGCCGCUACCCCUCCACCGGCAUGCUCGUUUUAUUCUUCGCUCUACAUGUGUGUGAUGAGGUGAAUGUAUUUGGUUUCGGAGCAGACAGCCGAGGAAACUGGCACCACUAUUGGGAGCAGAACCGCUAUUCUGGAGAGUUUCGUAAAACAGGUGUCCACGAUGCAGACUAUGAAGCCCAGAUCAUCGACAAGCUGGCCAAGGCUGGCAAGAUCUCAGUAUUUCCUGGAAAGUGAAUCUGGGCACCAGGUGCAACCAAGUUGACCUCCAGAUGAUCAAAACCACCCAUUAUCUACUUGACACACUUUUUGUGCCUGUUAAAAGUGAUCAAGAAGUAAUGUUUCAUGAUCUUAUUACCAUUCUGGGCUGUCCUGAUUGGACGGGUUUCUGGGCUGCACUCCCCCGCAAUGUGGUGGUUUUGAGAGGAGACGUUAUGCGCUCUUCCUUUCAGGCCUACCUCGACCAGGAAAAGGAACUUGCUAGUACUGAAAUCUCCUUACCACUAGAAUGGAAUGGAAAUAACUCAUAUUUAUGACAUUUUGUUAAAUUAAUUAAAAUGCGUCUGAAUGCGAGUCAGCUUUUGCUCCGCCUGUCUCCGGCUUGUCCUCAUGUCAUGGCCAGGUCGAUGGGUUAAACCAACAACGCCGCAGUGUGUCCAUAAGACUCUAGCGCCCGGUUUCAUAGGCAAGGCUCAAGACUGGUCUCGGACUAAACUGAAAAUAACAUACCCUGACAUAUCUUAAAAUAUGUCAGUGCCAUUGUUUUGAGACACAAGUUAUAUUUUUUUUCUAAGUCAUUUUGAUAAAAGCGACUUCAAUUUUCUAAUUUAACUAAGGCAUAGUCCUGGCUUAGGCUAAGCCUUGUCUGUGAAACCAGGCCACGAAGUCCUACGUGAUUCAUUAAGCUUGGACAUAUUGGGUUGUUUCAAUAUGAUGUAAAAGUAUAGGCUACAGCAGUAAAAUUCUGUUAAGGCGCAUGUGUUGAGUUGAAGUUUACGCAUUCCUACUGUUAAACCAAGCUUUCUGCUUUAGUAUUUUUUUAAGGUUUGCUAGCGUUUAUAAAGCAUUCAACAGCUUGCCAUGACCCCGCAUCACUGUGCUCACAGCAAUCUGUAUUUGUUUAUUUACUUUUUGCGAAUUAGUUGCAUACCGAUUGGCUUAUUAAAGAGGAACAAAGUUUUCUACAGGAGAAAUUUAAGUGGAUUGAAACCACUGAUGCUGUCCAACGUGAAUAUAUGUGGCAUAUGCUUAAAAACAUUCAAAACAACAUUAAUAACGCUGUGGUACCGUAAGUGUUCUAGAGAUGCACCGUGCACGCUUUACACAAACGUAACCAUGUAAUGUGAUGCCACCAUGGGUUUAGUGAUGGGAAUGAAUUAAUAUGGGUUCAUAAUAUGCCUUGAAUGUGGAAGUGAAACAUAAGCUGCCAGAUGUUACGAUCACGUUAACUAUGUUUGAUCAAAUUCAUGGAUAAACUUUUUCUGUUGUAUUUUAACUCUAGUCUUACACUGCUUUUUAGGCAUCAAGGAAAUCUUUUGGCAUUUCUACACCGAGGUUUUGGAUUCUCUUGUAUAAUUUAUUACCUUUUAUAAAUGUUGCAGAUGGUACGAAGAGUAAGCAGAAACACCGCCAUGACUUUUAUGCUUCGGCCUAGUCUUAGUUUUCACAUUCAGGUGCAGGUUUUUUUCCCAAAUGUAGACAUAUCAGCUAUUUCAGUGUGUUAAUGUAAACACACACACACACACACACACACGCUUGCGUGCCUUGUCCUUGCUUUUGGACGCAGUCUCUCUCCAGAGCAUAGCUAACCUCAUGACUUACAUUAAAGCUGGUGUUUCGUUUUUCAUUUUACAGAGCAUUUAUUGACACGCAUAAACGCAAAUCUGGGCUCUAAAAUAGGGCACCGAUGGUCCACCCACCAGCUGUUCUCCACCCACACAUGCUCUGGGAACAUCAUCCCCUGCACGACACCAUCUUACCCCGUCGUCUGUUUUACUUUGUGCCGAGUGCUGUGCCUUCACAUUCAGGGAGGGAAAAGCUCUCUCACCUGAAAAGAAACAUCUCCCUUCUAUUUUAAAGCUACUUACCUGAAUUUGGUGUUGCUACUAAAGUCUCCUGGAGGAUUAGUAAAAUCGUCUUAGUACGUUAGUAAAACCUGUGUCACAUGAUGGGGCGGAUAGUAUUCUGUUUUUUUGUACAUUGCCAAUAACAUGUAAUUGUCUUUUGUGGAUACAAACUAGAUAAUGCACCUGCAGUGGCUUUAUUAUAUCAAAGCCUUUUCUGAGGGGUUACUAUUGGUGGUUUCACAAAUUUAUAGAAUAGCUGCACUCUUACCGCUAGACUAUUCCUUGGGAAAAUUGAGACGUGCAGUUUGUCACCAAAGAGUUUUAUCCCAUUAAUACUGUUUUUGUUGUAGGCAUUUAUGUAUUUCUCAGAAAAUGUGCAUAAAGGAAAUAAGUUGGAUACUGAUGUUCUUUAGACAGUUUUGUAUUAAAAGGCUCAAUGAUUGUCUCUUAGCAGUGUUAGUCAUAGAUAGUGCUAGUUGGCUUGGAGGUUUCUUGAUUCUGUGCCACUUGCUGUUCUGAAACCGAUAUUUCGACAGACUGUUCUUUUCUCUCCAGUGUUCUCAGCAUCAAGUUAUCUGUCUUCGUGGAUCAGAGAGAAAAGAUUUUUGUCAGACUGACAUGGCUUAAUGCUUUGCAGGGUUAGAGGAAGGUAGGGUUGAGGGUGUAGAAUUAAAUGAGAAGAACACUACCAAGCCAGAAACACCUAAAUGCUUCACUGUUUUCUGUCGCUCUUUAUUUUCUGUCAUAGAACAUAGAAAUUGUUUUGAUUGAGAGAAACAAUUAAGGAUUUUGAAAUUUAACAAGGCUAAAAAUUGAGAAAGAAAUGACAGAACCUCCAUAACAUGGCAGUGAAGGGUACAAAGUAAGAACAUUUAUCAACUUUAUUGAUCUUGAAUCGUGUUGUUUAUGUGACAGAAACUUUAGUCGCACACAGACUGUACAUAUCCUCACUGUGCCACUGUGUUUGCGCUCAUUAACUUCUCAUUAGUGUUGAUUGUGACUUGAGUCAGUGCUCUUUCUUUUCACCUCAGUCUCUGUGUAACUGGACCGUUUUUAAUCUUUAUGCUACUGUCAAAAAAUAAAGUGUUAAA